UAUUCUGGGAAUGGUUUUAGAUUCGAAAAAGUUGCUGGAAAUUUUGAGAAAACCAAUUGGACCCGCGUGCAUAUUAUUCGUGAAAUUUCUAUUCGCCACGUUCAGUGUGGCGUUGUACUUGUUUCUAUUCCCAGCUUCUGGUCUGAAUCAAUUUUUAUUCAUUCUAUUCUUCGAUGGAAUAACAAAUAUUGUGAUCAUCCGAUAUUAUUUCGUGUGGGCAGUCAUCUUGAAGGGAAAUAUGGAAUUAUCUUCGUUGACAAAUUUGAUUAAUAUUGCGUUGAGCAUUGGUGCUGGAAACAUACUAUUAUUAUUUCUCAAAUAUUCGCCACCCGAAAUGGAAGUUUUCGCUGAAUUGUGCAAAGAUAGUUUUUUCUAUAUAUUUGUUCCUUUAUGCGUUGGUUUUGGUGUUGGUUAUUUGAUUACGCAACAUAUUUCACAUUUGACCAAUAUCAUCAAGUUCUUGUUGGAAGUAGUCUUUUCACCAAUUUUAAUUGUAGUCAGUACCUGCGUUCAUCUAACAGACGGUUUAGACUUAUACGUAUAUAGAAUGUUUAUGGCUAAGUCGCUUCUGAUUGGUUUCAUCUGGCCAUUCCUAAUAUAUUGCGCCUCAUUGUUGAUAACACGACUGAUGAAGUUUGAACCAAAAGAUCGACGAUCAAUCACAGUUGAAGUAAUCAUUGCAAAUCUUUUGUGCGGUAAAUGGAUUUCUUCUUUUAUCAUAUGGAGUAGUCCAGUGGGCGACCAUGAAUUGGCUGAUCAAUUAUACCCGGCAAUGUUUGGUAUGACAUUCAUGAUAUUGACUGCACAUUGCAUUUGGAUUUAUGUCGAAGGACAGCAGAAACCCAGCAAAAUUCAAUACCCAAGGCUAUGAAUCACCAUCAAAAAUAACUUUUGAUUAGUAGCACUGCACAAAAUGUUCCCUAUUGUUAUCAAUAAAAUGACAAUAUACAGAAU